AUGUUCCGAAGCACCACCGACUAUGGCUCACCCACCACCCCGUUCCGCGAGAACACCACCGGCCACAAUGUGACUCCUCCGGCCAAUUACCCCAUCCACAAGUAUCCGAGGUAUUCCACCUACAGGGCUUGCCCGCCCCGUUUCGUGUACAGCCAUAUGUUCCGCGACUGCAACAGACUUAUCGACUUUCGACUUCCGGCAGUGGUGAGAAACCCACCCAUGCCCCGCUACUGGCGCCGCGGUCAUGUCCCAACGGUCCAUACAGCAACUUGGGAUCCGCGCAUGAGGUUAACCGCAUAUGAGAUGCUGCUAAGGUGGAUCCGCACAAAACCGAUCGACAAAGAGAAGGGGAUUCUUCAUUGGUUGUGGGAGGCAAAGAAGGAUGGGGUUGAGCCGGGAAUCGUCGAGUUUGAUUGGGUUACAAAUUCUGGUUCCGGUCCUAAUUGGAAAGAACUCAAGCAGUGGUUGGUGGAGCAGAUUGGGGUUGAGAAGGGGAACGUCAAGAUGCAAGAUUUUGUAUUCGACGAGAACUCGAGCCUGGGAGAGUCGUCGGACGAGUCGCAAUGCUCCUUGAUGGAGGCUGUUGUCAAGGAUCCAGAGAGGGAGGCAAUUUGGGCGGAUUUCAUCGGAGACUUGUCUUCUCAUCGGAUCGAUGACCGCCCUCACUCUGAGGAUAGUGGAUUGAGGGAAAUCGAUGAUGUUAACGAGCUUGACGAGCUUGACUGGAAAGAGUUUUCAGUUUACUCACAGAAAAGGACGGGUGUUGGAUGUGAUCUUGAAUUGAAAGCACGGCUCGAUCGAGUAGUUCAGUGCAAACCUUCUGAUGAUGGGAGUGAAUCCGAUGAGAGCGAAUCUGAUCAUGAUACUAUUGACCAAAGAAUGCCAAGUGAGUGA